CGGAAGGAUGCUACAGGACGGAGGACGCUGUGGAAACUGGAUUAUUUGACGUCGUUCGUUCAGGUCUUUCUGUAGUUGCCAUGUUUCCUUCCUGUUACUCCAAACCGGCGGAGAGCGGUGGCAAACGAAGCUCGGUGGCGAAGCUGGUGCUGGGAGUGUUUGUGGUGUACCUGCUGCACAGCGCCUGGAUGCUGUACACCUUCCUCACCACCAGACCCUGCGACGGAGGAAGAGGGGAGCUCUGCAUCACCUCCUACCUGACAGCUGCGUCCAGACUGCAGGUGAGUGUGUUUACCUGCCUCGUCCCAGACAACAGUCAGCUCCACCUGGCUCUAACAGUGGACCCCUUCGACCCUUACUCCACAUUUGAGAGACAGGUGAACGUCUCCCUGCCUGACGAGACUCGGGCUAACGGCACUUUGUAUGCAGUCGUUUAUGUUCACAAAGCUGGAGUCUCACCCCUGGAGGACAGAAGAGAAGUCCACUACGCUGCUCAUCUCACCACGUACAUCACUCCUCCUCCUGCAGAAGGCCUGGAGAAGAAACAGAGUCCUGUAUCACACUGGAGACCGCACCUGUCAAUCACUAUGAUGUCAGAGGACUUUAGCUUCAGUAAGGCGGGGCUUCCCAGUGACGUGAGGCGCUACAUAAGAGUCUCUCAGGACGGCCGGCAGAUGAUGUACCUCCCUCUGCUGCUGGUCAACGAGCUCAGCUUCAGAGUCAGAGACCUCGUGGAGAUCAGCAGCAGCACCCUGCAGCUGCCUCUCACCGUGUCCUACGAAGGAAUCUCUCUGAGGAGGUUCAGGUUCUGGAUCCAUCUGCACGACAUCGUUUAUUCUUUGAGACAGUUUGGGUUCACUGAGGAGAACAUUGAUGAAAUUAAAGAAACCUUGAUGGGAUCCAACCUCUACCUGUUAGUGCUCACUGCACUCAUCACAGCUCUACAGCUAAUCUGUGAAUUUCUGGCUCUUAAAAACGACAUCAGCUUUUGGAGGAAAAAGAAGAGCAUCGCAGGAAUGUCAAGAACAUUAGUUCUGUGGCGUUGCCUCGGCACUUUGCUGAUCUUCCUCCAUCUGCUGGAGGAGACCAGUCUGCUGGUUCUCCUUCCUGUUGGACUGGGAGCAUGUGUGGAGGUGUGGAAGGUGUUCAAGGUGUUUAAAGUCCAGUUCAGUAGGAAGUUAUAUGUAAAUAAGCUGGAUGAAGAGGAGAGAAAGACAGUAGAGUUUGAUGCACAGGCAUCCAGAUUUCUGUCCUACUUGGUGUAUCCUCUGUGUCUCAGCGGAGCCGUUUUCUCCUUGGGAUACUUGCGCCAAAAAAAUUAUUAUUCCUGGUUGAUCAGUACUCUGGUUACUGGAGUGUAUUCGUUCGGUUUUCUGUCCAUGACUCCUCAGAUCUUCAUCAACCACAAGCUGAAGUCUGUGGGCCACCUGCAGGGGUCAGUGUUGAUGUACAGAGGAGUGAACACGCUGAUCACAGACCUGUGCUUCUGCACCUCCUCCUUUGGCUCCGUUCUACCCUUCUCCUCCUCUCAUCAGCUCUCCUGCUUCAGAGACGAGCUCCUCUUCUUGCUCUUCCUCUAUCAGAGAAGGCUCUAUCCUCCUGCACCUAAAAGACGAGAGCCUGUCACCAGGAAAGUGAAAACUCAGUGAGGAGACAAAGACCACCUCUGUGAUCUGCAGGAAUCAGGAGAAGGGGGUCUCUGCAGUCACGAAGUGGGAGGUUCUUGGCGUGUGGGCGGAGUUUGGAAAAUACAUGAUUAGUCUGUUUGACUUUUGUGGGAGAAGUUUCUUAAUGUGAUUGAUCAGGUUGAGUAUUUGGGGUGGGGUUUGAAGAAGCUGUAAUGAUCCGGCUGGAUGGACGCCGGGCAGCUGGGGGACGUGUAACAAUUCGGCUCGGUUGAAACGGUCAGAAAGCUCCACCGCCUAUAGUUUUAAAUCUGAACAUUAAUUUUAGUCAUAACUCGAGCCAGGAAGGUGCUAGCCCCACAAAUUUUGAAGUCAAUACAUUAUACAUGUUCACAAUAAUUUUACUAUUGCUGGGUUUCAGUCACAUGACCCGGAUGAUGCAUGAAUGUCAGAUGAUGGGCAGGAAGUGAUUUGCUCCGAUUUAAAACACRGCAAAACGGAUCACACUGAGUACGCUAAUGCCCUAAAUGGGUUUGCGCAGACAAGAUAUUGUGAAAAACUACGCGUACAUUUAGGAUAGGAUCCAUAUUGUCUUGAUAAAAAAAAGACUUGUUAUAUAAUCUGGAGGAUUUAGCCGGCGUCGAGGCGAUUGACAUAAACGACUAUCUGGUGCUGCAGACCUGGUAUUAAAUAACGAGCCAAAUGAAAGCUUUCAUAAGCCUUGAAGUUACUGUUAUUUAGUUUCAGGUUAGGUCAACCAUAUAGGAUGAAAAGAAGCUUUGACUGGCUGUCCACUUGUUUUGGCCCAGGGGAGUAGUGACUUGUUCUAUUUGAAGUAAUGAUAACAACGCUAACGCUAAAAACGAGCCAACCCCUGCUAUUUCUAUGUGCUUGGAUCARCUUGUAACUAAUUUAUUUAGCUUCCCUAAACCCAAAUUCAAGUAACUAUCCAGGAAAAUAGAUGAAAAUAGGAUUUGAACAAUACGAUGGUUACUUAUUAGAAAGUGAUCGCUGCAAAAUUGUUAGAUUCUGCACCUCCUGCUUUUAGCCGUAGAUUGUUGAUCCACUUCUGYCGUCUUCUUUCUGUAAGUUUUUCUUUUAAAUUAACUCUCAUGUGACACGCUACUUUCAGAACACAAAAAAAAAACUUACAUAUUUCUCACAAUUUGAGCGGUUGCAACAACCAUACACGGCACAAAAUUUAGGCAUUUUAACGUUGAAUCAACAGAAGGAAACACGACUGCGUUUACUUCCUGCCCCUCCAUCUGCAUUUCAUGACUUUGAUACUAUGUCAUCUGCAACCCAGCAAUUACCAUUACGUCAUCUUUUAACCUGCCAGUCUGACUGGUCAGUCACGGUUUUGUUAAACUCCGCCCACGCAGCCAGGAAACACCCCCCCCCGCAUGUGCUGCAGAGAGCCCCGCUUGGAAAUCGGAGGAAACGAGCCAACGGGACACCUGACCGAUCUGAGAGCAGCUCCUCUGUGUCGACGCUGCUGCUUCUGGUUUGAAGAGAACUCAGUCAUCUGCAAACGAUUCAUUUACCACAGUUUUAGCAUCAGUGUCAUGUUGUUUAUGAACGCUUCCUGUCAGUUUAGUGCACCUUGAUAAGUAUUCAUUAAAACAGUGGUUCCCUAUGGAGGACCAAACCUAUCAUUAUUGGAAAUAAAUGUAUAAAUAUAUA